AUGGCCGAAUACUGGAAGUCCACUCCCAAGUAUUGGUGCAAGAAUUGCUCCGUCUACGUUCGCGACACCAAGCUUGAGCGGCAAAACCACGAAGCAACAGCCAAGCACCAGGGCGCCAUCAAACGCGCCCUGCGCGAUCUACACCGCGGCCACGAGCGGGAGGAGAGAGAGAAGGAGCGGGCAAAGAGGGAGAUCGAGCGCCUCAACGGCGUCGUCUCCUCUGAUGGCUCAGGGUCUACGUCUACUGCAAAUGCGGCUUCUUCGUCAAGACCGAGGCCUGGGGCCAGUUCCGGAGGAGGUGGUGGUGGUGGAGGAGCCGGCCCGCUGUCCGAGGCAGAGCGCAAGCGCCAGGCCGAGCAACUCGCCUCCCUCGGGGUCAGCCUCCCCGAUGAGUUCAGGAAGGACUUGGCCAUGGCGGGCGACUGGCAGGUGACCUCGACUACGAUUUUCACCGAGACAGACGAGAACAACCCGGGUGCCUCGGCGCGCGGCGUACACAAGCGUGAGCGCACAGAGGAGGAGAUUGAAGAGGAGAAGGCUAUCAAGGGCCUCUUUAAGAAACCGAGGCGCUGGGGCCGGGACUCCAGGACAGUCGCUGGGGAUGGCGACAGUGCGGAUCUGGAUGCUUUACUAAGUGGAGGCCUCGUGGUCAAAAAGCAGGAGGAAGACACAGUGAAGAAGGAGGAGGAUUCUGAGCCUGCGGCUGAACCCGUACCAGUCAAAAAGGAGGAGCAGGAACUCUCGCCAAUCAAGAAGGAGCCGUUAGACGAAGGGGUUUCGGCGCUGGCAGAGGUCGGGACAGAUACAAGCCCGAAAGCUGACCCACCUGUUCUCAAGACGGAGGAUGGCGCAAGCGCAGCUGAGUCGGCAGGAGCACAAGAUGUGCCCGCGGUGGCGUUCAAGAAGCGCAAGCCCAAAAACAUACGGCAAAAAUGA